AUGAACUUGCAUAAUAACAAUACAACGUUGCCGUUGUUGCCAAACCUCAGCUCUCUUUGGGUCCCUGGAUCCCCAGAUGCAGGGCUGCCCCCGGGAACGGCCACCGAUUCUGGCAGCUACAACGUUUCUCAGGCAGCUGGGAGUCCCUCUCCUGCCAAUGGCACCCUCAGCGACCCUCUGGGAGGCCACACCGUCUGGCAGGUGGUCUUGAUUGCAGUCCUCACCGGGGUGGUGGCCCUGGUGACCAUCAUCGGCAAUAUCCUGGUGAUCGUGGCGUUCAAGGUCAACAAGCAGCUGAAGACCGUCAACAACUACUUCCUCUUGAGCCUGGCCUGCGCCGACCUGAUCAUCGGGGUCAUUUCCAUGAACCUGUUUACGACCUACAUCAUCAUGAACCGCUGGGCUCUGGGCAACCUGGCCUGUGACCUCUGGCUUUCCAUCGACUACGUGGCCAGCAACGCCUCCGUCAUGAACCUGCUGGUGAUUAGCUUCGACCGGUACUUCUCCAUCACCAGGCCGCUCACCUACCGAGCCAAAAGGACAACCAAAAGAGCCGGCAUGAUGAUAGGCCUGGCCUGGGUCAUCUCCUUCGUCCUCUGGGCGCCUGCCAUCCUGUUCUGGCAGUACUUCGUGGGCAAGAGAACCGUGCCCCCGGGGGAGUGUUUCAUCCAGUUCCUCAGCGAGCCCACCAUCACCUUCGGCACGGCCAUCGCCGCCUUCUACAUGCCCGUCACCAUCAUGACCAUCUUGUACUGGAGGAUCUAUAAGGAAACGGAAAAGCGCACCAAAGAGCUGGCCGGGCUGCAGGCCUCGGGGACGGACGCGGAGGCGGAAAACUUCGUGCCGACCACGGGCAGCUCCCGCAGCUGCAGCAGCUACGAGCUGCAACAGCAGAGCGUGGCGCGCUCGGCCCGCAGGCGGUGCGGCUGCUGCGACUUCUGGGUCCCCGCCAAGACCUGGGAGCCCAGCGCCGGGCGCGUGGACCCGGACCACAGCAGCAGCGACAGCUGGAACCACAACGACGCGGCGGCCUCCCUGGAGAACUCGGCGUCCUCCGACGAGGAGGACAUCGGCUCGGAGACCAGGGCCAUCUACUCCAUCGUGCUCAAGCUGCCGGGGCACAGCACCCUCCUCAACUCCACCGCGCCCCCGUCCCCAGACAGCCUGCGGGUGCCCGACCCCGAGCUGGGCACGGCGGGCGCGGAGAGGAAGGCCAGCAAGCUGCAGGCCCAGAGAAGCAUGGACGAUGGAGGCCGCUUUCCAAAGAGCUUCUCCAAGCUGCCCAUCCACUUAGAGUCGGCCGCGGACCCGGCCAAGACCUCCUCCUCCGACGGCAACUCCUCCGUGGGGAGGACCACGGCCACGCUACCUCUGUCCUUCAAGGAAGCCACUCUGGCCAAGAGGUUUGCUCUGAAGACCCGGAGCCAGAUCACCAAGCGGAAGCGGAUGUCCCUCAUCAAGGAGAAGAAGGCAGCCCAGACCCUCAGCGCCAUCCUGCUCGCCUUCAUCAUCACCUGGACCCCCUACAACAUCAUGGUCCUGGUGAGCACCUUCUGCAAGAGCUGCAUCCCCAAAACCUACUGGAACCUGGGCUACUGGCUGUGCUACAUCAACAGCACCGUGAACCCCGUGUGCUACGCCCUGUGCAACAAGACCUUCCGCACCACCUUCAAGACGCUGCUGCUCUGCCAGUGCGACAGGCGGCGGCGGCGCAGGCAGCAGUACCAGCAGCGGCAGUCCGUGACCUUCCACAGGUGUGCGCCCGCGCAGGACCUGUAG